GAAGGGGAGAUAAAUCUCUGACCUGUGUCCAGAAGGAAGAGGAGAGGAAUUGACACAGAGGAGCUUCCAGAACAGGGAGCUAUGCCUUCAUCAGUGCAACUCUUCAGAGAUCAGAAGUACCACGAGCUGAAAGAGCAGUGUAUCCAGCAGAGACAGCUCUUCGAAGAUCCUGAGUUUCCAGCCUCAGAUGGAUCCCUUUUCUAUCAGUCAGCACCACCAAGGAAAGUUGAAUGGAAGCGCCCAAAGGACCUCUGUGAAGACCCCCAUCUGUUUGUGAAUGGAAUCAGCUCCCAUGACUUGCACCAGGGCAUCCUGGGGAACUGCUGGUUUGUGGCUGCAUGUUCCUGCCUGGCUCUGAGGAAAUGCCUAUGGCAGCAGGUGAUUCCAGACUUUAAUGAACAAGAAUGGGACCCUAAAAACCCAGAGAAAUAUGCUGGGAUUUUCCGUUUCCGCUUCUGGUGCUUUGGAGAAUGGACAGAGGUGGUUGUUGAUGAUCUGCUGCCAACAAUGGAUGGGAGGUUGAUCUACUGCCAUUCCAAUGUGAAAAAUGAGUUCUGGAGUGCACUGCUGGAGAAAGCUUAUGCAAAGUUGGCUGGAUCCUACGAAGCCCUCGAUGGAGGCAGUGCUGCAGAUGCUAUUGUGGAUUUCACUGGAGCAGUGGCAGAAUCUAUUGAUCUGGUACAGGGCAAAUAUGGAGAGAUUAUUUCUGAGCAGAUGAAGCUGUUUGAAGACUUGAUGAAAGUGCAUAGAAGAGGCGGGUUGAUCAGCUGCUCCAUCGCGGUGUCCUCUGGCCGUGCCAGUGAGGUGGAGACAGAGAUGGGGCUUGUUGUUGGCCAUGCCUACUCGGUGACUGGAAUUCGGAAGCUGCGCCUUGGAGAAAGGCUCGUGUUCUCUUUUAAGGCAGAAAAGCUGUUCAUGAUCAGGCUGAGGAAUCCUUGGGGAAAAAAAGAAUGGAACGGAGCUUGGAGCGACAAUUCUGAGGAGUGGAAGAAAGUCAGCGAUUCAGAACGCAAGAGCUUAGGGCUCGUUCUGGAGAAUGAUGGGGAGUUCUGGAUGACGUUUGAGGACUGGUGUAAGAAUUUCACAGAUGUGGACAUCUGCCGGAUUGUGAAUACCUCCUACUUCAGCAUCCACAAGACCUGGGAGAAGAAAAUGAUGCAUGGGGCUUGGACAAAAAAUUCAGAGCCCCUGCUAAAUCGCUCUGGUGGCUGCUUUGAUAACAGAGAGACCUUCCUUCAGAAUCCCCAGUACAUCUUUGAUGUCAAGAAGACUGAGGACAAAGUGUUGGUCUCGUUACAACAGGAGGAUCGCCGCAAAUACAAGAAAGAAGGGAGAGGAGACAGCAUCCCAAUUGGCUUUGAAAUAUUCAAGGUGGAGGAUAACAGAAGCUAUCGGCUGCACAAGCUCACUGUGCAGGAGAGAGUGGCCACGUCUCCGUACAUCAACACACGCACUGUCUUCUUGAGGAGGAUCCUUCAGCAAGGCCGCUACGUCCUCAUCCCAACCACCUACCAUCCGGGCAUCACCACAAAGUUUAUCCUGAGGCUCUUCACAGACGUGCCAUCCAAACUCAGGGAGCUGAAGGCAGAUAAGCCUAAAAUGACAUGUUGGAGUCUUCUUUGUGGCUAUCCACGCAGAGUCACCCAAAUCAAAGUUCACUCUGCAGAGGGUUUACAGAAGCAAGACAGAUCGGGCGGAGCAGAUCCCUAUGUGCUUGUCAAGUGUGAGAACCAAAAUGUGCGCUCCCCUGUGCAGCACGACACAACCAGUCCCGUCUUCAACACACAAGUGAUUUUUUACAAGAAGAACAUUGACAGUCCUAUCACAAUCCAGGUCUGGAACAGCAACAUCCUGUGUGACCAGCUCCUGGGGCAGGCAGUGCUGGCAGCUUCCCCCAGUGACCCCCGAGAGCAGCAGACGCUGCAGCUCCGAGGGAGAGGCGGCCAGGAAGCAGCCGAGGUGCCGGGUCACAUCACCAUCAAGGUUUUCUCCAGCGAUGACCUCGCGGAGCUCUGAGCGCCGGAGCCCCGCAGAGCCAGACAGAGCUGUCACCUCGCAGCAGCGGGACUCGUCUGUGCCUGCCGGGGCGGGGACUCGGGAGCACAGGGUGCACAUCAUCAUAAUCGCUUUAAAAAGACAAAGCCCUCAAAACUCUCCGUGUUAUCACUGAUAAUGGGGAGAGAGGCUUUGAAAGAGGGGAAAACACGUAUUUAUACAUAUAUAUGUUCAUGAUACAGCACAUACAGUAGAAGAAGGGCCAGACAAAAUGCUAGCAGAUAAGCUCAUUAAGAUGUGACCAUCUUCCAAGCAGCAUCUCUCAGGAGCUCUCAGCACAUAAACUGGAAGCCCAUGUGUCUGUCCUCACAGUUCCCAGCACAUCCUCAUCUAUUCCCAGCAGUAGGAUUGGAUGCAGGCAGGAAUGGCUCCAGUUCCAUGGGCACCUACCAGCAGAUUGGGGGAGUGGCAAGCACAAGGUGGAUUUGCAUCACUCAGUCCUUGUUCACUGCCAGCCUGGAUCUGGGAGGGUGAUUUUUUCCCCCAUAGAGGGAUAUAAAUCUCUCGAUGCAUUUCAGUGUUAUUGCUACAGAUCAGAUGUUUCUGUUUCGUGAUGAACUCAAGGAGUUCAGUCAUAGCUCUUGGCCUUAGACCCUGUGAGCCAGGGCAAUUAAAACAGAGGGACAGGUCUUGCAGUGGCUGCUUGAACAUCACGGCAAAUAAUAGCUAUGUCCACAUACAGGCUCUCAGAUCAACUUUCUGACUCUUCUCCACCUCGAGCUGAUGACUCACAAGUUGGUAUCUCUGUCCAAGAGCAGGAAAGGCACCUCACAGUUCAGCUGUGGUUUUGCUCAGAGCACAAAUUCACUAAUGGGAGCCUCCUAGCUAAGGAAGCUUUGUUUAAUCCACAUGAUGCUAAACAUGGAAUAACACUCCUUUUCUCUUGUUAGAUGGGUAGCACCAGACUGAAAAAAAAGCAAAUUAGCUCAUGACAAGGACGGGUUUGUAAAACCAAGGUCUUGUGCCCUGGCAGGUGUCAGGUUUCACUCUCAAAAUUUUGCUUUGAUUUAUUGCUGACAAAUCCAACAUCUUUGAUAAAGUUUCACUUGGCUGUCAUGGAGAACAGGUAUUGUUUCACAUUUCCUUCAAAGCAGGGUUCUGGUACAAACUUUCUCUUACGUUCUGCCUGCAGCCUUGUGGCAGGGUUCCCUCACAGCUCUUUGUGUGUGGGCACGCUGGGCAGUGACCUUGGCAGUGCAAGAGGCUCGCUGUGUCAGACACUUGGAAGUGGAUUUUAUACAGCUGCAAAUUCUUGUCUGUAAAGAGAAGCUGAAGGAUGACUGUUCUGCCUUUUGUACAGCCAGGAAAUUUGGAUUUCUGUGUAUCUCAUAACUACUCCGGCCACAUUGUGCAACUUUUAUAAUUUAUAAAAUGGCUCCUGAUAGCGUUAA